ACGAAGAGGAAAGCCAAAGCCAUGGCCGUUCUUCUGCGCCCACUGUGGCUGUGCGGCUCCUUCUCGCUCGUCUUCCCAUUUCCCAAAUUUCAAUCCACAAGAACUUCACUCUCGCUAGAAUUCCCACCGCCACCGUCCUCCCCAUCUCCUCACUUUCCCACUUCUCUCUCAAUUCGCUCUCGUUUUUCCAUUGUUUCAUUUGCGACACCCGAGAGCCAGGUGGGCGAGGAGCUCGAUGCUGAUACUCGAGAAUGGGCGAUGCAAGAUUUUUAUUCCUUAAGGAAAGAAGUGGAAACAACCUCAGAGCGUGUGGAAGAGAUAAGAAACUCUGCUGGGUUGUUUCAGUUGGAUCAAGAACUUGCAGAUUUGGAGUCGAAAGCGGCCGACAAUGCUUUGUGGGAUGACAGAUCUAAGGCUCAACAAGUUCUUGUGGCCCUCACUGAUGUGAAAGAUAAAAUAAAGAUGCUUACUGAUUUCAAAACACAGGUCGAAGAAGCAGAAACAAUAGUUAAACUGACUGAAGAGAUGGACUCUGUAGAUACUGGGCUUCUUGAAGAAGCUGCUAGUAUUAUCAAAGACCUAAACAAGGCACUGGAUCAAUUUGAAUUGACUCAACUUCUUUCUGGUCCGUAUGACAAAGAAGGCGCUGUCAUCUCUAUCUCGGCUGGAGCUGGGGGUACUGAUGCACAGGAUUGGGCUGACAUGCUUCUGAGGAUGUAUGUGAGAUGGGGAGAGAAACAAAGAUACAAAACAAGAGUGGUCGAGAAAUCUGCAGGAGAGGAAGCUGGAAUAAAAUCAGCUACAAUUGAAAUCGAGGGUCGAUAUGCUUAUGGAUAUAUAUCUGGAGAGAAAGGAACACACCGGAUAGUGCGACAGUCUCCUUUUAACUCGAAAGGACUUCGACAGACAAGUUUUUCUGGUGUGGAAGUCAUGCCYCUCCUUCCCGACGAGUCCAUGGAUGUUGAAUUACCAGAAGAGGACCUGGAAAUAAGUUUUUCAAGGGCAGGAGGAAAAGGAGGUCAAAAUGUUAACAAGGUUGAAACGGCUGUUCGCAUUACUCAUAUCCCAACAGGCGUCACGGUUCGCUGCACAGAGGAGAGAUCACAGCUAGCAAACAAGAUCAAGGCGUUAAGCCGAUUGAAGGCCAAACUCUUAGUCAUAGCAGAGGAGCAACGUGCAUCGGAAAUCAAGCAAAUACGAGGAGAUGCCGUAAAGGCCGAGUGGGGGCAGCAAAUAAGGAACUAUGUGUUUCAUCCAUACAAGCUUGUGAAAGAUGUUAGGACAGGAUAUGAGACAUCAGACAUUGUCUCUGUAAUGGAUGGUGAAUUGGAGCCCUUCAUCAAAGCUUACCUGAAAUACAAAUACAGUAUGGCAUUGUCUACUGGUGGGGUUAACUAAAAACCAGCAUAAACUAGAAUAGCUGUCUUUGAUUGAUGUUUUAUAUGUUGUAUAUUGCAGGCUCUGAGAAUUUAGAUUUAGAUUUUUUUUUUGUUAGUUUUACCUGUAACGAUAUGGGAGAUCUCUAUUCUAAAUUAUAUGCAUUUUAUAUCA